AUGGCCACCGCGGAGGUCCCUGCCAGGACACAUGACCGCCAUGGCCUUCGUCGCCCCUUCUCAAGCUGGAUGAAGCGCCUCGCAAAUUUAAAAAACUCCUCAUCUGAAUCGAACUCUAUCCGCUGGUCCAAUAAACUCCACACAGCUCCCAAAGGCAAGAAGAGCAGUCGCAGCCGCCAGAACAACCCCUACCCGCUCUCCGGUACAACAGACGGACUACGAGACUACAAUAGCGAUACGAAUGAUGAUUCGCCCGGAGCGUCCGUUAGUGAAGUGAACGGCCAUCGCUCCCGCUCGCACAGCGAACCUUCCCUAGCGUGUUCCGGCUAUGAGAACCAGAUCCCAGCUACCAGCGCCAAAUCAACUGCCCCGACCAUCUCUACCAACGGUGAUACAUCAUACUCGAAGGCGGGGACAUUAGCGACGGCGGGAGGAGGCAUCAGUUCGAGCGGGGGAGGUGAAGGGAGCACGUUUUCGUCGCCAGCGCCCUCAGUGCGAUCAUUGACCACAACCUUGACGACUGUACAGUCCGCUGCGCCAUCAGCCCAUUUGUACAAUGCGCAGAAUGUCUACCAAGGAAUACCUUAUGUGAACUCGACGCACAACAACAAUAACCAACAAGUGCAAUUCACACACCAAUUCCCAUCGUCCCCCGCGAGCGCAGUGCCGCCGCACUUGGCUCCCCACCACGGCUACUACAAUACCUAUCACACAGCAACAGCGAAUGGUAUGCUAACCGACAACGCCUCGAUCCUGACACUGGCGUCUUCUUCGAAGCGCCGCCGACGGAACUCUCUCGACACCAAUGCGUCCGUGCGCGCCCUGGCCCCAUCAUCUGUCUACGGCGGAAGCCGCGAGAGUCUACCAUUGAGCGUCCUCAGCAGUCAGGUCAAUGAACCCUCUAAUGCAUCCGCCCUCAACGCAUCGUCGAGCGUCCUCAACCGUCCAAGCAUGGUCGGCCUCGCCAGCGCAGACCGUGUGAGCAUCUACUCCUCUGGAGUCUUAAGCAACACCAAUGAACGAGGAAGCCUCUACACAACCAAGCAGGGCGAUGGCGCUAGUAUUCGCAGCGCUGCAUAUUCACACCACGGUCGAAACGAGAGUAACACAGCGAGUAUCUCCGGUGUCACGAGUGCAUCGGUCAGCCAACACAUGGCCACCGGGCGAAUUAGUCGUCGCAGCUCGGGCUGGGGCGAGAUCAACGAGGACGAGGUUGCCGGAGACGAAAGUGAUUACGAGAAAGGCGUUGAAAAGAAAGAGUCUGAUGAGAAGAUCGAGACAAAGACUCAGAUAUCGACUUGA